AUGCACGCCGAUACUGCAAGGAGGAGAAACGCCGACGACUGGAGCGUGUCCAACGGGGUCCCGCCACGAGCAGCCCCUACAAGAUCCCCCACGUGGCGGGGGAAAGUACGGGCUAAGGGAGCUACCCCGGCGGGCGCAUCCGACACGGGUGCCAACGGCGACUCGAGCGAUUCUGCCAAAGUCACGCAGGACCUCGGGAUCCUGGACCGAAACUGCUCGGAAAGUUCCGCGUGGCCGCACACACCGCCAGCUGCAAGUUCGCCACCACAUCGCACGCCUCCGCUAGAUUCAGAAUCCGGCACAUGGUCAGCAUGGGGUCUCUCCCCGCGCGAGUGGGGGGAGGUGCAGUCGGGGCUUCGCGCGGAAACACCGUCGGCCAGCCAGGAGUCCGGCCAACAGACAAGCGCGGCGCGGAGAAGCCGGGGACCUGACGAGGGGUGCGGAACUCAGGCCUCCCCACCCGCGCGGGCAGAUAUUCGCUCAGCGUCGGCGCGCGCAGGGGAGCCACCUGGUCGGGCUCCGCGGCGAAGGGGGGACCGUUGGUCACCUCAAUGUGGACGUGAGUCGGCCCCCCGCUCGCCCGGGCCUGCCGCACCACCUCCACAAACGUGUUCGCGGCGCGAUCGAGGGCAGGAUCCGGCUGGCGGCCAUUCCCGCCUCGCCCUCCGCCAUUCCACCGGCCCCGCCGUCCCCCGGAACCAGCCGAAUUCGGACGCGGGGGGGUCUGCUCGCGGCGACCCGAUUCCCAGCGACGCCCAGGCGACCCCCUCCCCCGCGUCGCCGGAGAUCGCCGCGGAGAGCGUUGCGCAGGGGAUCGCGCUCGGGGUGAGCGCUGGCCUGCCCGACCACGAGGGGAUGGGCGGCGAGGAGAGCGUGGACGCGCAGGGGAGCGCUGAUCCCCCUCCCUGCACUGAUAAUGUUCGCGAUGCUCGGGAGAAGGGCGGCGCGGAGAAGGCUGCCGAGGAGGCUGACGUGGAGGCGAGCGCCCGCGCUCCUGCCGCGGCUGACCGUCUGGGCGGUCCGACGCAACACGUGCAGGCGCCCACAAAUACUCCGGCGAGUCUCGCGGAUGGGUCCAUCACCCCCGAUCGAACCGCAGCCGACGCCAGCGCGCCGACAAAGCGAGGACGAGGUGGUCACGGCGCGUGGGAGCCGCAGAAGGAAGAGGAACGCGGGGAAUCCGCGUGGGACGCAGCAGCAGCCGCCGCGGACGACGAGGGAACGGGAGAGGACGAAGAGGUGGAGGAGCGCGCGGCACAAAUCGGCGCCGCACCGGUGCAAGCGGUUACACGAGAACUGCGGAAAGGCUGA